CGGGCGCUUUCCUAGUAAAGCUACGGAGAAAAGUAGGCUAGAUCCUGAUCGUAUUCGGUGGUUUACGACAUCGAUUAAUUACCACCAAUCCAAUCGACACAUAGAGCCAGUUAUCACACGUUUAGUUUUGCUGAUACUCAGCCCUAAACUUGGAGAAGGGAACAGAGAUUUUGAACAAUUUCUGGUGACGGAGAGAGCUCAAGUUCUGUGAAAUCGACAGGAGUUCGCUCAGAAUCAAUCAAAGAUAUCUCGAACUUUCCAAGAAACUAUUUUAUUAACGUUGACUUUACGAUGAAGGGAAUUUUAUAGCAAAAAUGUAUAAUGGAUUGGAUAAGCCGUUAUUUGGCGAGGCAAGACCAAGGGUAGGUAAAAUUAUCGGGUUGAAGAGGUUUUCUGUCCUAUAGCUUAGGGUGAUCAAGUCGUUACUUAAGUUAUAAUCACGAGUUGUUUAAAAUAGUAAAUGGAAAACGAUCUGAUUACCAACGAUUUGAACAGUUUUUCAACACCAAACCUCGAACUUUUAAUUUUUGUUUUAGUUCAAAAAUACAACUGAUCGUUGAUCGAUGAAGCAAGUUGCUACGUGUCAUCAAUUUUGCAACAUUUCAUAUGAUCUAUUGAUUAUUUUGGCAAAUUUCGUGUAAAUAUCAUUUUCCGAAAAAAUUAAACAAACUUAAGGUCAAUGAAUUUUUUUCAAGUUUUGCUUUUUCUACUUCUGACAAUUUUCGAUUUUUUUUCGAUAGGAUCGCUACUUUAAUUAUGUCGUCGGAGCAGUCACGGUCAUAUUAGUCUGUGUAAGUAUAAAUAAUUAUUUAUCAAUCGUGACAUCAUUCAUGGAUCAUUGUUGCGCUUUGACUCAUGAGUCACGGGACUUUUUUUUAGUCAUUGUUGCAAAAAUCGUGGAGAUGUCCCCAGUUUAUACUCUUUCUAUAUGAGAUGUUAGUAACCAGCCCCACCCCCUCCUCUCUCUCCUGAAUCAUUUGGUUAGGACACACUGCUGACAGUUUUGUGAGUUCCCAAUUAUACUUCUUGACUGAAUGAAUUAUUGAAAAUGUAAAGCAACCAAAGUCUUUGAUUAAUUGAGGAAAGUGAGCUUUUUGGACUUUGCUUCUCUCUGUGCUAAUCAUCAAUAUCCAGUAACUGUUAGGGUUAGUCCUGGUAAAAGGCAAAUCACAGUAUAGUGCUCACUUUGUGACACGUACUUAUCAGUAUGUAUGAAAUUUGCAACCUCUUCGUUGAUGGAUCUCCAGUCUAAUCUGGUCAAGGUCACUAAAAGCAAUCCCCUUAAGGACAUUCCUCUCUUACAUGACCAUACUCCAUGACAAAUACACUAAAUUAUUAGUUACUAAGACCCUUUACACCCUAACAUCAGUAUGAAUAUUCUCUUCACUGUUCUCUUUACAUUUCCUGAGGUGGUGACCAGGAGAAUUUGUUUAACAAUCAAGAGCUUCUGUAUCAGUGAUUCAGGGGUGACAUUGUGUGGAGAAUUAGUUGCUAGUCAUCCUAAGGGGUUUAAGGGUGAAAAACCUAUCUUAUUUCUUCUCAAACUUUUAUUACUUACUGGUAGCAGUACUUUGUACUAAUGGAGAAAAUUUGGUAAAAUAGUAACAAAUCCAUCUUUUGCAGGAGACCUUGAUAAGCUCUUUGGUGUUCCCGCAAUUCCAUCCAAAGCAAUCAAUGUCUUCCUUGCUUCUAUUAUCUCAAUGAUAUGCAUAUCAGAACUCACUCUGGUAAGUCACCUAAAAGUGCACCAGGCUGUUACUUUUUCUCCUGGCCUUAGUCUGAGAAGAAAAAAAUUCAUUUAUAUAUGAUUCAUUGUAAAUUUACUCUUAAUUGUAAUUUUAGCUUUUUAGCCUUUUUUAUUUUGUUUUUAAUCUUGUCAUGUGCAUUUGAACAUUUUAUGGAAUUUGUGCAUUAUAAAUGUCCUAUAAUUAUUAUUUUUAUUAUUAUUAUUAUUAUUCACCUUAAUUGUGCAAAAUUCUCUCUUUGUAGCCCUAAUCUGCUGUAUUAGUUUGCAAUAAACACUCACUGUUUUCCAUUUCUUAAUUAUAGCAAGAACUAUCAAGACUGUAGUUUGAGUUGUCUUGCAUGUAGCUAACUAAUAACCUUUGCCAUAAAGGAAUUCAACUAUUAUUAAAAUUACUGUGAAACAACUGAUAGUAAAUUUAGAUGACAAAACUUCCACAGCAAAAAAUUAUACAUAAACAUUAUCAGCUGUAGGUAUGAAUUGGAACCAUUCAGAGAGUUUGCCACAAGCUUAAACUUAUCAGAAUUGAGACAUUAAGACUUACUUAAUUAUUGUUACUACGAUUAUCUUACAGAUUUAUUGGUACAGACAAGGAGAUGUUGAUCCAAAGUUUCGAAAGCUAAUCUACUUCAACUCAUUUACAACUAUUUUGCUGUGUAUAUGUGCAAAUGUGUACUAUCACAAAAAAUAAUAAAUGCUACAACUUAAGGAGAAAUUCAAAUGUGCGAAUUUCCAAACAUCUAAUCAACAAAAUAAGCUAUUUAUUUUUGGAAACUUACAAUUCAAUACGUUGCAUCUCUUUCUACUUCUCAAAUUUUUAAUAUUUGUGUACAAUAAAACUGUGAUGUGGUAAUAAAAGUAAUCGAAUAUUAAAUAAUUUUUCUAAGAAAUUUUCUUCCUAGCAAUGAAGUUGUGCUCCUGAGAAUGAACUUUUAAAAAGUGUUGCCAAACCAUUAUCAAUAAUGCAUUACACCAUUUACCACUGUGACAAUUCUAAUUUCUUAGUGUGUGAUUAGCUGAAGCAAGUGAAAGAUUUUGGACAAUGCUUCUUUAUGGUAAUCAUUAAUCUCUAGUAAAUUGUAGGGUUAGUCAAGGUGAAAAACAAUUUAUUGUAUUACUAAUGCUUGCUUUGCGAUGUGUACGUACUUUGAAAAUUUCUGACUUUUUUGUGAUGGAUCUGUCAAUUUUUAUGUGGAACUGCUUCUAUCCUUUUCUUCACACUUAACUUUUAGUUGCAUUUAGUGUUGUACUAUGGGCUGAGUUGUUCAAAGCUGGGUUAAGAUAACCUGGGGUUAGAGUGAAAUUUUAUUUCAGAUCUGAAAGCUUGAAGAGCAAAUUCAGUUUAAUUCUUUUUGACUACAAUUUGAUAAUUGAAUGCUCUAAAAACAAUGGGUAAAAUUAUUCCAAAAUGGUUUUUGAACAGAGAAAUAUAGAAACCUUGAUUAAAAUUUAACCCUGGGUGAGUGCUAAUCAGCCUUUGAACAACGGGGCCCUGAUUUAGUCAUUUGCUCUUAAAAAAAAAAGAAUUACUAGUAUUUCUAUACAAUUAUGUCAAAGUGUAACUUUUUGCCUUGGACAAUAGGUGAAAUUUGAGAAAUUCAACUCUCCUGUUUAGUCUUUGACAUCUUAGCUGGAUAAUAUAAACAAUAUUUUGGCUGAUUGAGAUUGAAGAAACAAAGCUUAGGUCAAAAUCCAUGACAUAUGGAAGAUAAAUCAAAAUGUUUUUUGAUAGUUUUGUUCUUCUGUUUGGUCAUAGUUAAUAAAUUUAAGAUGAAGUUUUAAGUAGAUCAGUGGUGAAUUUACCACAGCAGGGAUUUGUAUUUUGAAAGCCUGCUCUGAAAAGUUAGGGAUUUGUAUUCAGUAACUGCAAACGUUUAACCUUUUAAUUCCCAGAUCAAAUUUGUAAUUCUCCUUACUGUCAGCCUCACAAUUCUUAUGUUAGUUCAGAGAAUUUAGUAUUGGAUCAGCUUAUUAUCCCCAUAUUGAUAUUUUCCUUUAUUCUCAUCACCUAACUGGUUGAUAUUGUAUUGAUAUUGUAGGGAGAAAUUCUGUCCUGAUCACUCAUAGGAGUGAAAGGGUGAAGUUUAGAAUACUACUUUUGAACUAGAAUAGCAAAGAGAUGUAUCUUUGACCAUUCUGUACAUUUUUUUAAACAAGAGAUCUUUAUACAGACCAACACAGACAAAAUCUAUGCACAGACAUUAUUUUAAACUUUGUUAGUGGAA